AUGUUCAAAUACACCGUUGUUAUCCUCGCCAUCAUCGCCUGUGCUUCUGCCAAGCCGGGCCUGCUGCUGGGCGAGCAGUUGGCUUAUAGUGCGCCAGUUGUGGCUGCUGCUCCAACUGCAGUAGUUGCAGCAGCAGCUCCUUACGUGACUGCCAGCAGCAGCCAGGUGUUUGCCCGCAACUACAAUGGCAUUGCCGCUGCGCCAGUGCUUGCGGCAGCACCAAUCGCUGCUCCAGUCGUCGCCAGGUAUGCAGCUACUCCGUUGGCUGCACCUCUGGCGUACAGCACUCCCUUGGCCUACAGCUCGCCUCGAUUGGGUCCAGUUCUCUUCGCCCCAGGCUGUGGCGCACAUCGAUGGCGUGCAGUAGGCCCGGGGAGCAGCCAAUGGAGCAGCAGCAUACUUGGCGAUGACUGGAGCAGCAACUGGAGCAGCUGCUAUCACUGGAGCAGCGGCGAUGCCAUUGAGAUUAUGGGAAAGCACCUGGCUGCUGGUAGCAGUCACGUAAGGAGCUGGAGCUGCAACUACUGCAGUUGGAGCAGCAGCCACAACUGGCGCACUAUAGGCCACCUGCCCGCUCAGAAGAAGAUCCGGCUUGGCCGAGGCGCAGGCGAUGAUGGCGAGGAUAACAAUGACCGUUGUCAUCUUUGCCGUUGUCGCCUGUUCUGCUGCCCGGCUGUGCGUGUUCUUGGCGAGCAGCUUACUUAUACUGCUCCAAUUGUGACUGCUCCUCUAGCUGCAGUAGUUGCCGCUCGAGCACCCUAUGUGACUGCGGCGAGCAGUCAAGUGCUUUCCCAUAACGUCAAUGGCAUUGCUACUGCUCCAGUGAUCGCUGCUGCUCCAGUCGCGGCUCCUGCUGUUGCCAAGUAUGCUGCAGCUCCCUUGCCUGCUACGCUUCCCACUGGAGCUGCACAUGAAGGGUCUUAUUCUCAAGAUGGGCUCGAUUUAAGGCUAAAUAAAAACCGAUUAUCCCUGAAACUGCCUAAAUGCUUAAAAAGUGUUUACUUUGCUUAACACACACACGCUGGCUUGGGAUUUUGU